AUGCCACAAGCAAGAGUGAAAUUUGGAUGUUGUGAAAGACAGACGUCAACACCUAAUACAUUAAGCUGUUACUCGUGUAAAAUUAAAUAUCAUCUUAACUGUGUCAACAUAAAAAAAUCAUUAAAAGACUUACCGGAGGAAUUCAAAUCUAAAUGGUCUUGUCCAUGUUGCCGUAGUAAGAUACCAAAAUUUGACAAUACUGACACACCAAUUAAAGCAACUACAAGUCAACCUGAGUCGGACAGUGAGGACUUCUCAACAAAUGUAAACUUAAGAAGGGGUACAGUACAAAACGCGGAAGUAUCAGCCGAUAGCAUACGGCAAAUUGUUAGAGAAGAGCUUGAAUGUAUUUUAGAAAGUUUCAAAACAAACAUAAUUAAACAGUUAGAGUUGAAAACAAAGGAAAUUCUCGAUAAAUUCAAUCAAAUAUCUGAGUCUAUGUCCAAAGUUGAAAGUCAACUAGAACAUAUUCAAAACGAAGUGCAAUCCAAUUGCAAGAAAAUUAAUAUAUUAGAAUCUGAAAAUACAACACUGCGAAAAACCUGGCUCAAUAACGGUUGCUAUGAUGCUGAAAUUUUUGCCAGUGGCUAUGUUGUUUACAGACGAGACCGUGAAACCUCUCCUCUAUCAGGGUUGAAAAAGGGCGGAGGUGUGCUUAUUGCUGUAUCCGAACGUCUCGCGUCAAGGCGUAUCGUAGAGUGGGAAACUGAUUGUGAAGAUGUUUGGGUGUCGGUUACACCUAACUCUACCAAAAACCCAGUUAAAAUACUACUAUGCGCUGUGUAUUUACCCCCUUCAGUCACUAAACAUACUUUAGACAUUUUUAUAGAUAAAGCAAAUGGUAUACUGGGAUCCCGAACUGAUAGGGAGUACACACUUAUUGCCAGUGACUACAAUUUGAGUCGUAUAACUUGGCUAGGCAAUCAUAGAAACGACACCUUUAAUCAUAUGUUACCAUCAGGAUUUGGUGGCAAUGAACUUUUGUGUAAAUUUAUUAAUUUUAUAAGUCUCAAUAACUUAAAACAAUUUAACUGUGUAACAAACAUAAAAAAUAAGAUAUUAGAUUUGAUACUUUGCAAUUAA